UAGGUUUAGUUAGUUGUUGCUUGUCAUUAGAGUUAGGUAUCUGUCAGCUGCUGGUCUCAAGGCUUAUAGUAUUUCUCCUGUUAUUUCUGUUAUAUUAAGGGUACAGAUACAACUAUGUCUCCAGUGCCUGAACCAACACAAGGUAGCCAUAGUGGACCUAAUGGCAGAGAUGACGAGGAGUUUACGCCGCCUGUGGGGUUGAUUGUCGGUCCAAUGGUGUCGUCCAGCGAUGAGGAGGCGGACCAGGCUAAUGUGGACGACUCUUACCCGGCCGGAUACCAGCUGCUACCCCAAGACAAUGACAUGGAUGAAGACCUCGAUGAUGCGGAAAUCGACUACAGUUCAAUCUCCAGUUUGAUGGCCGCCGUUAACACAAACGGACCCAACGUUGUGCCUAGUGAAGAGGAACACACUGAAGCGGGUCUGGGAAACGAGGAACGGGGAGAAGGAAGCGGGGAGGAAGUGCGUGUUGCUCCCCACGCUGUAACACUGGCAGAGGAGCCUGACAGAGAAAGACAGAGCGAACAGUCGUGCGAGAGAGCAGCGGUGUGGAACGAGUCCUCCUCCACGUCUGAUCGUCUGGUGCUGGACGGCAACAAGUUGGAGGAGAUCAAGACGGUAAUGGCGUCGUUUACUCUGCCCCAGUCGGCCAUCCCUCCCUGGGCUCACAACCUCUCGGAAGAAGAGUGGAAGGAUCAAGUUUUUGUUGUCAUAUCACGGCGAACUUCCAAAUGAACUCGGACUUCCUGUAAUUAUGGACUUUUAGGUCAACCUGGACCGAUCAGUUAGUUUGGAAUUUUUAUUUAACUUGAACUUUUAACUGAAAUAGGAUGGUUCAGUUAACUUGGACUUAUUAGUUAACUUGGACUUGUUAGUUAACUUGGACUUGUCAUUAAUUGGACUUCCAGUGAACCUUCCUUUCUUGCCUCACCUCUUAUUAAAGCGGUGUUUUUAGGCUUAUUGCUACAAGUGUCACGGUCUAAUACAGUGUUAAUGAUUUAUCUCUCCUAGUAUUUAAAGGAUCAAAUACCAGAUUAUUUUACUAUGUACAAAAACGCUUCAUUGUGAUCAUAUAUUUUUGUUUUUUUGGAUCACUUAAAGAUUUGACAUCCCAGCUUUACUUUUCACCAGAUGAUUAAACACUUAUAUGCCAACCCAACCCAACCCAACCCAACCCAACCCAACCCAACCCAACCCAACCCCACCUUACCCUAACCUAAACCAGCCUAGGAAUUAUUAAGGAUAUUUAACCAGAUGAAGAAAAUUUGGGAGUUUAAAUGUUCAGGUGAUCUUUUCAUUUUGUUUAGCUCUUAAGGUAGAGACAGUCAUUACUUCCAGCAUUAAUUAGUAUAUUAUUAUAAACUACCCAUCGGUGCAUAGUUGAGGGGCAGUUAAUGGCAGUGCUUCCCCCUUCCCUCCCUCCUCUAUGGCUGUACAGUAUGUUAGUUGGAGGAAACACCCAGAGUGACAGAUAAAUGCCACAUAUUUUGAUGCGGCUUCGUAUAUUAUGCAAAUUCUCUUCGUAGUUUUAAUCGCGUGAGCAUUAGCCUCUUAGCUUAUUUUAUUUGAUUAAAUACCCCAAUACUACCUACUAGAGGGGGUAUGUUAUGUUAGGUUAGGUUAGGUUAGGUUGGGUUGGUGUUAGGCUAGAGUUAGCUUUAGGUAAGAUUUGAUAAACAUUAGGUUAGGUUGGUGUUAGGUUAGUGUUAGGUUAAAUUAGCUUUAGGUAAGAUUACUUAAACAUUAGGUUAGUGUUAGGUUAGAUUAGGUUAGUAUUAGGGUGUUUAAUCAUCAGGUGAAAUAAACUGGGGUGCCUAAAUCUUGUGGUGAUACAAUAUAAAUGUCCAAGGGUCAAGGGAGGUGUUGCAUAAUCUUCAUGUCAAAACAACACUUGCUAGAUAUAUGAUGUUCAAGUUUAUUACAACCAUCUGUUUUGAUAGAGUAAUUAUGUAACUUUGUCCAGUGUCCCGGCCUCCUAGUGGUUGCCAUGAAGAAAAAACCGUCGUAGGAGUUAUUUAUGAAUUUUAUCUAGCAGUUUGUCAGGAAUAGAGAAAUUUUUCCUAUACUGUACAGGGUGAUUUUUUUUAUUCAAGAACCCUGAAUGAUUACUUUAUUUUAGGACGUACAAUAAAUAGAAAUCACUAGGAAUAAACUCUGAUCCUAACAUAACCUGAUCAUUGUGAAGAACAUUUAUGAUCAGACUUUAUUCUCUUCUAUAAUUAGGUUCUUGUUUAUUGCACGUUCCAAAAUAUAGACCGAGUAACAAAAUUGCUCCGUAUAAAGGUCCAGGUUCUCAUUGAAUGCUUAAGGCGCUGGGGGAGAGAAUUCGACAAAUGACGGAAGUUAAAAUAAACGCCAGGAAAGGGAAUUACUAAAGCCUAGCAGUGUUGAAAUAAGUAUAAUGGUAUAAUAAACAUAUCUUAGGUUGCUUUGUCUCUUGCCCUGUUCUCACUAGGAGUGGUUAAUUUAGGUUGGACCCCAAAGAUCACUCAUG